AUGAAUGAAAUAAUAAUCCCAGACGACACGAAUAUCAAUACUAAUAGAUUUCUGAUGCUAUGUGAUAAUGUUCAGAAUUGUUUUGCUCUGAUUGACAAUUCGAUGUUUGAAUUACUCGAAAUGAAAGAUCAACUUCUGCUUCAAAGUCUUCCAGCCAAAGUUUUACUACGUAUCACAUUAGUUCUGUCGCGAUUCUAUCGGGCUUACUCUCAAACACAGAUACCUGUCUACGAACUUAUUGAUCUUGUUCAACUGCACAAUGAUUUAUUCAAUCAAAGAUGUCGUCUCUUCAAAAGAUUGUACGAUAGUGAUGAAAUGAAAAAACGCAUGUUGGAUGUUGCUCUACAAAGAAUUACAGCUGGGGAAAAACAUGUCGAAGAACACCGCGAGAAAAAAAUUAUUGACAAUUGGGAGAAAUUGUAUCUUCAUCUUGCUCUACCGCGAUCUUCUGUGCGGAAAUGGAAAUUUCGUCUCGAAACUUUCCAUGAAAAAGCCACACUCGGCUAUGAACAUGUGAUUGACUGGCUUCAUACAGCUGCAUCACGAGCAGUGUCACCCUCACCGGAGCUCUCCGACGACGAAGAAUCAAUUGGUGAACAAAACAUAGACCAAGAAGAUGAUUCAGAUGACAAUGCAAGCAGUGUACCAGAAAUAGAAGAGCCCAAUCAACCGAUUGACUAUAGUCCUGAACAAGAUCAGAUAGAUCACCAUAAUGAUGAAACUGCUCCACAUCAAAGUGCUAGAUCAUCAAAAUACGAGCAUGUUCAGUCAGCUUCACCGAUAGUUAUGGUCGAUAGUGAAGUACAGGCACAACCAGAUUUUGACGAUCAACAGACCUCGACUGAUGAUAAAUUCUCAACGAAAUUAGUUCUCAUGCGUAUCUAUCGACCGAUAGAAAUUAUGCGAACAACAUUUCAAUGUAUUGUUCAUUCACAAGGACAAUCCUAUCCAACAAAAGAAUGGAAAUUCAAUAAAACCAACAAAUCAAUCAGUAAUGCUACGAAAGAAAAUAUCGAAAUCGAUCGACAACAGUACGACGAACUUGUUGUGCCCGUGUCAAACCUAAAGCAGAGAGAUGUCGAUAUAAACAGUAUCAGAAUCGAUGUUCUUGGUGAUAGAAAGCUGUUUGGAUGUGUCGUGUUCUCAUACGAAGAUUUGCAAAUACUUGAUUUGCCUGUUUUAAACAACCAAAUCUUUUCUCCUUUCAUUGCUAUGGAUAAUAAUAAUAAUAUUCCAAGGAAAAAUAUCCGACUUGAUCUAGAUCAACCAUCCAAUGAAGUUUAUCAAGCCUGUCUAUCGAUUCCUCCUCGGACAUUUUCAAUUUACGAUGAUCAACAUGAAUCGGUAGCUGAAUUACCUUUACUCAUGUUCUGGUAUGACAAAAUUGAAAAUACACAAGCAACUAAAUCUACUAUGACCACUUCGAUGGAGGAAAAUCCAAUAUCACAAAUAAGUGUGAUGAAGCAAUCUAAAUCGAUUGAUAAUGAUCGUAUCAAAGCUAUGACAACUACUUAUGAAAAUAAAAUUAUACAAAUUCAUGACGAAUACCAGGCAGAAAUUCAAAGACUAACAGAACUUCUCCACGAGAAGCUAUCACGGCAAUCGAGUCGAAUGAUCGAUGGUGCAAAUAGUAGUGAAAAUAUCUUGGAAACACAUCAUGCAGGAGUGUCAAACAUUUACAUACGACGACAACGGCCCAAAUCAGAAUCGAAAAACAAACACCGUCAGCAAAGAUACUCAUCCGAACGGAACUCAUCAGAUAGUUUUCUCGACCGUAAUGAAAUAUAUUUGCAACAACGUUCAAUGCAUCGAAAUCAAUUAAUGACUAAAGUUUCAAGACAAACAUCUCUAAUUAAUGAACGUCAAAUGGAAAUUCAACAUCGACUCUAUAAAUCUCAGUCUAAUAACGCAUACGAUGAUUUGUGUUUACCUGGUGUGUUUAUGCCAUCACAAUCGAAUCAUGUUUAUAAUCCUCGAGCGUAUCAAUACUUUCAUUCGAUCGGUACAAGAGAACCUCGAUUAACUCAACCUCCAUCGAUUUUCAAACUUCCAGCUGUUCCAUCCGGAUCUAUAUCCAUGCUGAGCCUAUUCGAGUUAACACGAUGCCACAAGACGGAUGAAGAAAAUGAGCCUACCGAUGAAUAA